CUUAGUCUUAAUAGAAUCUUUAGUUGUACCAUGAAAACAUCUGCUUUAAUGUGUUUUAGGCUAUAAAAGGUUUGGUAACAUCAAGAAAUCUGAGCAGCUGUAAGUGGAAAGGAAAUCAUGAACAAUUCUUUUUCUUCAAAAAGCUUCACGGUUUGAAAGCUGUCACAAUCAAAGUAUUUUGGAUCACAAUGGUCAGAUGAAAAUAAAAAAAAAAAUUAUAAAUGACAUUUUUGGCCUCUGUUUCCUUGGCAACAGAAACCGAUUGAAACUGUUUUUGUUACUUUAUUUGCACUGAGUCACAGUUUCAAACAUGAUGCACUUCACCAUAUUUGUUAGAAACCGGCGUGCAGAGACCUGUUUGAACCUGGAGGCAGAAAGACGUCAUGAUGGCGUUUAACGGUGCGCCAGCCCCACCCCACCCCACCUCACUUUGCAUAAAAAGACCUGCUCCACUUUCAGACAGACAUUCAAACUUUGGGACCUUUCAAAGCGACACAACUUUUUUUGGACGACCACAGAGAGUCAUGAUAUCGGCUGGAUUUCAGAUCCUGGGCAUCAGCCUGGGCAUCAUCGGCUGGAUCGGGAGCAUCGUGACCUGCAUCCUGCCUCAGUGGAGGGUCACUGCCUUCGUCAACAACAACAUCAUCACGGCUCAGACGACAUGGGAGGGCAUCUGGAUGAGCUGCAUGGUCCAGAGCACGGGCCAGAUGCAGUGUAAGGUCUACGACUCCAUGCUGGCCCUAAGCACCGACAUCAAGGUGUCCCGCGCCCUCAUCAUCAUCUCCAUCCUGCUGGGCAUCGUCGCUCUGCUGCUGUCCAUCGCCGGGGGCAAGUGCACCAACUGUGUGCAGAGCGAGGUCUCCAAAGCCAAGGUCAGCAUCACGGCCGGCGCCAUCUUCAUCUCUGCGGGAAUCCUGUGCCUCAUCCCCGUGAGCUACACGGCCAACACCAUCAUCCGGGAUUUCUACAACCCCAUGUUAACAGUCAACAAGAUGGAGCUGGGAGCCUCCCUCUUCAUCGGCUGGGGGUCGGCUGCCCUGCUCAUCCUGGGAGGCGGACUUCUCUGCUCCAACUGCCCCCCCAAAGGCGCUGUGGCCAAAGGUUACGUGUGAGGAGGAGGAGAGACUCUUUGAUGCCACCACACCAGAAAAACUGUGACGGAACCUCGCUGGAGAGCAUUUCUGGCGCUAAUUCAACUUUUGAGACAUUUCUGAUGACUGUUUUCAUUUCAGAGUUUUGUAACUUUUCAUUGAGACUUUUCUGCAUGUUUGCUUUAGAUUGUAAAUAAAUGUUUUUGUUAUGA